GGAAAGCGAACAGUGGCAAUUACUGGCUUGAUUCCAUUAUAGAGGGGAAGACAGUACUUGUUCCUUGCGAUAUGGAAACAGCGGAUGCUGAUGAAUGCAAGGCCUCGUUACCUGUCUGUGACACGAAUGCCAUUUGCCAGAAUACCCCUGACUCGUAUAUUUGUGCUUGUAAACCUGGAGUUAUUGCAGAUGGGAGAACUUGCACUGCUGUACUAUCUUGCGAGGCUUUAGGAGUAGAAGAUCCAAACAUCAUACCUGACGUCCAAAUCACUGCGAGUUCCAAUUAUCUCAGCUAUUAUCCACACAAAGGACGGCUCAAUGGAGACAGCGGUUGGUGUCAGCAGUCUUCUAGAAUCACCGAUGACUAUAUACAGGUUGAUAUUGGAGCAGGACGCACAGUAUGCGGAGUCGCCACGCAAGGAAAGGCAAACGGAUCGUUUAUAAAAAGCUACAGGCUCUCCUUUUCUACUGAUGGUACCAGUUGGACUGCAUAUAAAGAGCAAAACGUCGAAAAG